AUGUUGAUUUUCAUCAUCAACUUGUUCAUAUUUUAUUUACCAAUUUCAAUAAUUCUUUAUCAUUUGUUUUGUUAUUAUUUUGAUUACUUUUCACUUAAGUCUUAUCCAGGUCCAUUCUUGGCUAAGUUUUCUAGGGUUUGGUUGGCUAAAGUUUCAAGAAAUGGAAAACGAUAUCUGUCGAUUCAUGAAGCUCAUCUUAAGUUUGGUAAGUUUUCAAUGAUUAGGAUAGCUCCUGAUGAAAUUAGUAUUGCUGAUAAAGAUGCUAUUCAACCUGUUUUGGGACAUGGAAAUGGAAAUACUAAAAGUGAAUUUUAUGACGCAUUUGUUUCGAUCCAUCGUGGUUUAUUUAAUACAAGAGAUAGGAUCGAUCAUACUCGUAAACGAAAGUUAAUUUCAAAUACGUUUAGUCAAAAGAACGUAUUAGAAUUCGAACCUUAUAUUUCUUCUACUCUUCAUCAAUUCUUAAUUCAAUGGGAUCGAUUAUGUGAUCAAGUUGAAAAACCAUCGAUUGAUUGGUAUGAAUUUGAUUCUUUACCUUGGUUUAAUUAUUUAGCUUUCGAUAUAAUUGGUGAUUUAGCAUUUGGUGAACCGUUUGGGAUGAUCCAACGUGCUGCAGAUUAUGCGGAAGUAGAUGAUGGUCAUGAUCAAGUUUUACAUUUACCUGCUGUUCAAAUCUUAAAUGAACGUGGUGAAUAUAGUAUGACUCAAGGUUGUCUUCCUUCUUGGAUUCGCCCAAUCACUCCUUAUCUCGAUCCUUGGUUUGCACGUGGAGCCACUAGUGUGUCAAAUUUAGCUGGUAUUGCUCGGAAUCGAGUCAAGAAGCGUUUAGAAGGAGGUCCUCAAGAUCGAAAAGAUCUUUUGGCUCGAUUACAAGAAGGAACAGACGCAAAUGGACAGCCGAUGGGUCGGGAUGAACUAACGGCCGAAGCUUUAACCCAAUUAAUAGCAGGAAGUGACACAACCUCGAAUUCAAGUUGUGCAAUUCUUUGGUGGAUAGUUAAACAUCCAAACGUUCAUAAAAAACUAGUAGAAGAACUAAAUACAAAAUUCGAAAAUCCUUCAAUAGGAGUGAUUGAAUUUAUAGAUUGUAAAGAUUUAAAAUAUUUAAAUGCAUGUAUUAAUGAAGGACUUAGAAGACAUUCAACUUCUUCCAUUGGAUUACCUAGAUUGAUGGCUAAUGAUUUAAACUUUAAAGGGUUUUUCAUUAAGAAAGGAACCGUUGUUUCGGUUCCUUCUUAUGAAAUUCAUCAUGAUCCUGAGGUUUGGGGAGACCCUUGGAACUUUCGUCCGGAAAGAUGGCUUGAACCAGAUGCUAAAGAACUUGAAAAAGCUUUUAUGCCAUUUAGUUUUGGACCUCGUUCAUGUGUUGGUAGGAAUGUAGCUAUUUUGGAAUUACAAAUGAUCAUUUCUACUUUGGUCUUGAGAUAUGAUUUUCAAUUAUCUUAUCCAAAUCAAUCUGAACUUGAAACUCGUGAAGGGUUUUUGAGAAAACCAACUGAGUGUUUUAUAAAGAUUAAAAGAAGAUUAGAAUGA